UAAUCUGAAUGUUAUUUACUUUCUUAACGUUCGUACUUGAACACUUAUCUUAAUUCUUGCAAGCAAUUGUUUUAAAAUAGUUGCUCAGAUCACUCCAACUUAUCCCAAACUGCGUAAAAUGGUUGUAAAAUUCGACUUAAUUGCGGCGGCAUGUGAAAACAUGGGAAUCGGCAAGAACAAAGAUUUACCGUGGCGGUUAAAGUCUGAAAUGGCGUUUUUUUCUCGUAUGACGAGCGAAACAGUCGAUAAAAACAAAAAAAACGUUGUGCUAAUGGGGCGAAAAACCUGGGACUGUAUUCCUCCAAAGUUUAAACCACUGUCUAACAGGAUUAAUUUCAUUAUGUCUCGAUCCAGUGUGGAUUUGCAGAAUUAUAAAGACUGUUACAGUUUUACUAGUUUACAAGAAGUUUUAGAUACACUUGAGGGUGAAAAAUUCCAGGACCAAUAUGAAAAUGUGUGGGUGAUUGGGGGAAGUUACAUUUAUGAGGAAACAAUGAAAUCUAAAUUUUUCCACCGUUUGUAUUUAACCAAGAUUAUGAAACACUUUGACUGUGACACUUUUUUCCCAAAGAUGAAGGAUAAUUUGGUCAAAAUAAGCGACUCACGAGUACCAGAAGGAAUUCAAGAAGAGAACGGGAUUCAGUUUGUUUACAACGUAUACGAAAAUCCGGACUUCAACAAGGAAUAAUCGUUAAAAAUAUCAGUUUCGUGUUAUUGGAAUAAAAACACUCUUAAAAA